UGUGGCGUUCCGAGAAGCGCUCGCUGUGACGCAAUAGGAACUCGUCCUUUUCGUCGCGCUACUGUGAGCGGAACAUGUCGUCUACUGGUGAACGAAGUUGAGCAGCGUAAUUAUUCCAUAUCAUCCGCGUGUGUUUGUACAUGUGCUAAGGUGCGUGUGGUGAUCAAACGGAAAGAGAGAGAGAGAGAGAGAGAGAGAAAGAAAGAAAGAAAGAAAGAAAGAAAGAGAGUACGGUGCUAAGCAUUCAGACGUACACGUGCGAAAGUGAACGCUCGUAAGUGAGAAAGAGAGAGAGAGAGCGAGAGAGAGAGAGCAAACAAGCAAGCCACCGAGCUAGCGAGCGAGCGACAGAUAGAUAAAAAGAGAGAGAGAGAGAGAAAGGUACAUAUAACAGUUGCUGCCGCACCACACGAGCUUGCUGGUUCUUCCAUUGCCGCUGAAAAGGUUUCGAACGCACCACGGCCCCGCCGCCGCCGCUUACGAGGACACGAGAGAGAGAGAGGGACAGGGAAAGACAGACACGCAGAGAGACUGAAACAUGGAGGAUAAAACGAAUGACGAUCAAUGGCCGGGCGAGUCUAAAAAUGGUCCAACUGAAGGUGAACAACCUGUGUAUGCGGGACCCCCGGGUAUGGACCCCGACGGCAUUAUCGAGUCCAACUGGGAAGUUGUUGUGGAUAACUUCGAUGAUAUGAAUUUGAAAGAAGAAUUACUUCGUGGUAUUUAUGCCUAUGGUUUUGAAAAACCAUCUGCUAUCCAACAACGUGCUAUACUCCCCUGUGUAAAAGGGCAUGAUGUUAUUGCCCAAGCACAAUCAGGUACAGGAAAAACUGCAACAUUCUCCAUUUCUAUUCUUCAGAAGAUUGAUACUUCUAUUAAUGAAUGUCAAGCUUUGAUUCUUGCACCAACUCGUGAAUUAGCUCAACAGAUUCAAAAAGUAGUUAUUGCUCUUGGUGAUUUCAUGCGUGCACAAUGUCACGCAUGCAUUGGUGGAACGAAUGUCCGUGAGGAUAUGCGCAAGUUAGACCAAGGAGUUCAUGUAGUUGUUGGUACCCCUGGAAGGGUAUAUGACAUGAUAAGUCGACGAGCAUUACGAGCAAGCAGUAUCAAACUGUUUGUUCUUGAUGAAGCCGAUGAGAUGUUAUCUCGUGGGUUCAAGGAUCAAAUUUAUGACGUCUUCAGGCUAUUACCUCAAGAGGUUCAGGUGAUUUUAUUAUCGGCUACUAUGCCGAGUGAUGUAUUAGAGGUAUCAAAGUGCUUUAUGCGUGAUCCCGUUAGAAUUUUGGUUAAGAAAGAGGAACUAACUCUUGAGGGAAUUAAGCAAUUCUUUGUCUAUGUUGAACGCGAGGAGUGGAAGUUGGAAACUCUGUGCGACUUGUAUGAUACUCUUAGUAUCACACAAGCCGUUAUUUUCUGUAAUACUCGGCGUAAAGUCGAUUGGCUUACGAAAAGCAUGCAAUUCCGUGAUUUCACUGUCUCGGCUAUGCACGGUGAUAUGGAGCAACGUGAGCGCGAUCUUAUUAUGAGACAGUUCCGUACAGGAUCUUCACGAGUACUGAUUACUACUGAUCUUCUCGCUCGUGGUAUUGAUGUUCAGCAAGUUUCUUUGGUCAUUAAUUUUGAUCUGCCUUCUAAUCGUGAAAAUUAUAUUCAUCGAAUUGGACGUGGUGGGCGUUUUGGUCGUAAAGGUGUUGCUAUCAAUUUUGUGACAUCAGAAGAUAAAAGAACACUGAAAGAUAUCGAGCAGUUUUAUAAUACUACUAUUGAGGAAAUGCCAAUGAACGUCGCCGAUUUGAUCUAAGUCCCCGACAUUUGGCUUAAAUUCAUUAUAAUAAAAAAGAAAAUAAAAGCAUCUCUAGGCGCCACUCGAAUGGGGGAGAAUAUUUUUGGAAAUAAAGACCAAAUUUCCCGAUUGAACAUACACUCGUGAAUCGAUCACCCUUCUAAAAAUCCUGUAAAUCUUAAAAUAAAUUUAUAAAAACUUGUGAGAUGUACACUUCCUCACAUUGAAGGCAACUGCAGUUGUUUUAUUGUUACUUUCUUUUUGAGAUCAUGGAAAAAAACCAGAUCGUUUUAUACUUUAUUAAUAAAAACAUGCCAAUUUAAUACGA